AUGGGAUUGAUGUUUCAGGAAUUAGUGACCUUCAAGGAUGUGGCUGUGAACUUUACCCAAGAAGAAUGGAGAAAAUUGGAUUCAACCCAGAGGAAUCUAUAUUGGGCUGUGAUGCUGGAAAAUUACAAGAACCUGGUUUAUCUAGGUGAGACAUUUCAAAAUAAUGAUUCUGAAGAAGUCUUCUAUCAAACCUCAAAUUUUAUCCAAAAUAAUAGCAUAGAGACUGGGAAAAAACCAUAUAAAUAUAAUGAGUGUGGGAAGACCUUCAUCCAAAGCACAUACUUUACUCAACAUCAGAGAAAUCAGACUGAUGAGAAACUCUAUAAAUGUAAUGAAUGUGGGAAAGCCUUUGGUCGAAGCACUUUGCUUAUUCAACAUCAGAGUAUUCAUACAGGAGAGAAACACUAUAAGUGUAAUGAAUGUGGUAAAGCCUUUACUCAGAGAACACACUUAGUUCAGCAUCAGCGAAUCCACACUGGAGAGAAACCAUAUGAAUGUAAUGACUGUGGAAAGACCUUCAGGUACAGAUCAAAUCUUACUCAGCAUCAGAGAAUCCAUACUGGGAAGAAACCCUACAAAUGUAAUGAAUGCGGGAAAGCUUUCAGGGAAAGUUCAUCUCUUAUUCGACAUCAGAUCAUCCAUACUGGAGAAAAAACAUAUGAAUGCAAUAAAUGUGGGAAAACCUUUAUCCACAGCUCAUCUCUUAGCCAACAUCAGAGGAUUCACACUGGAGAAAAACCCUUUGAGUGUAAUGAGUGUGGGAAAGCAUUCAGUAGUAGCUCAUCCUUUAUUAAACAUAAGAGAAUUCAUACUGGAGAGAAACGCUAUAAAUGUAGUGAAUGUGGGAAAGCUUUCAGUCAGAGCACACAUGCUAUUCAACAUCAAAGAAUCCAUGCUAGAAAGAAACCUUUUGAAAUUAAUAUUGGAGAGAAACGAUAUAAAUGUAGUGAAUGUGGAAAAGCCUUCAGCCAGCGCACACAUGCUAUUCAACAUCAAAGAAUCCACACUGGAGAAAAACCUUUUGAGUGUAAUGAUUGUGGGAAAGCCUUCAGUAAUAGCUCAUCUUUUAUUAAACAUCAGAGAAUUCAUACUGGAGAGAAACGAUAUAAAUGUAGUGAAUGUGGAAAAGCUUUUACCCAAAGCACACAUGCUAUUCGGCAUCAAAGAAUACACACGAGAAACAAACCAUUUGAGUGCAAUGAAUGUGGCAAAACCUUUAGUCAGAGAACUCACCUCAUUCAGCAUCAGAGAAUCCACACUGGGGAGAGACCCUUUGAAUGUAAUGAAUGUGGAAAAACCUUUAGGCACCGCUCAUCCCUUACACAGCACCAGAGAAUCCAUACUGGAGAAAAACCCUAUGAAUGUAACACAUGUAGGAAAACCUUCAGAUCCAGAUCAUCACUUACUAAACAUCAAAGAAUUCAUACUGAAGAGAAGUUAGGUGAAUGA